AUGGAAUCAUCUUCCUCUGACAGCGACGAUGAGGAAUCCUUUCAUUCAGCCAGAGGCAACGAUCCGCCCGCCAUGGUGGUUAGCCACUCUACGCCCUUUUCGCAUGCUUCGGAUCUAAGUAACUCGACAAGGAGUGGCCAAAAUCGUUCAAGUGAAAAUGCUAAUGUUGGCGUUGGGGGCACUUCAUUGGACACGUUAGCUGCAGCGGCUGCAUCCACACCACUCCGCAACAUCACCAACAACAUCACCAACAACAGGAACAACAGAAGGAACAACAGUCGCCAGUCCACCAGAGCUAUGAGUACUCCACAAGCUGCUGCUGCUCCGGAGAAGGAGCCAGAGAUACCCGCCGAAGAAUUCGAAGCCCAGUAUGACAGCCGCUGUCGUGACAAGAAUCCAAACGAUGACUCUGACGAUGAAGGGGAACUUGCUACUGAACUGUUGGGUGAUCUUCUUGAGCCCGAGCACAGCAAUCCAGACUUCGUGGAAGAAGAGCUUGCGGCCAUAGCAUCCUCCAUUGAAUUGCCCUUGAAAUCUACAGAUCCAGUUGGCAAGCGGAACAUCACCAUUCCUGGAGCACCCAACACUUGGAAACCACCAGGCGCUCCAACAGACUGGGCGGCGCCUGCAAAGAUUUGA